AUGACGAAAGACCUUUUCUCAGUUCCCAUCUUCUUCAUCCUUUUCAGAGAAACACUAGAAGCGGCUAUUAUCAUCUCCGUCCUGCUUUCCCUGGCGAAGCAGCUCGUAGUCCACGUCGUGCCCGUCAGAACCUCGCUCGCAUCUGCCGACACAGGCGGCGACACCACCCUCAUCCAAUCGAAAGAAGCCGAGAAAGAAGACGCGCCAAAGUUCCCUCACGGUAACCAUGAAGUGGAUGUGCACGAAUUAGUCGACGAAGACAUCAGCCACGCCGAAGGACGCCAGAGGAAGCUUCUCAAGCGCCUCUACAUCCAAAUCUGGGCGGGCGCCUUGACCGGCCUAUUCAUCGCGCUCUGCAUUGGCGCUGCUUUCAUUGCUGUCUUCUAUACUACACUCAACGACCUCUAUGGUCAGUCAGAGGACCUCUGGGAGGGGAUCUUCUCUCUCGUCGCAUCCGUCAUGAUCUUCAUCAUGGGUAUCACGAUGAUGCGAGUCGAUCGCGCCAAGAUCCAAUGGAAGUAUAAGCUACAGACUGCCUUCAUGAACAAGGGCAAAGGAGUGUCUUCCGAGGGCAGAUCAAGCAGAUGGGCUCUGUUCAUCCUGCCGCUCAUCACCGUGCUGCGAGAGGGCCUCGAAGCGGUCGUAUUUGUUGCCGGUGUCACUCUUGGUCAACAGGCUACAUCGAUCCCGAUUGCUGCUAUCGUCGGCAUCCUUUGUGGCUUCCUCGUCGGCUUUCUCAUCUAUAAGUCUUCCAGUAGGAUAAAUUUGUCGAUUUUCCUGGUCGUCUCGACCAAUUUCUUACUCCUCAUCGGUGCUGGCCUGUUCAGCAAAGCCGUUCUCAACUUCCAGAAUUACAAAUUCAACCAAUUGACUGGCGGCGACGCGUCCGAGAGCGGGUCGGGCCCGGGCUCAUAUCCUGUGGCAGGCAAUGUGUGGCAUGUCAACUAUGGCAACCCCGAACUCAAGACCGACGUUGGCCUAGGCUGGCUCAUCUUCAAUGCUAUUCUCGGAUGGACAAACAGCGCAACAGUCGGGACGAUUCUGUCAUACGUCUUCUACUGGAUCGCCGUCACGGUCGUGCUUGUCUACAUGAAGUGGUCAGAGGGCAGGACGCACUUCUUUGGUCUGAAGUCUGCCGCAUGGCAUAGGCGACAAGCACGCAGAGAGAAGCGCGAGCAGGUUGAAGUCAACAGCUUCUCGCGCACGGGCAGCGACGACAAAUCGACAGCGUCCGGCACAGCCUCUUCGCCGACGAGCGCCGCGCCCUUACAUGUGCUGCAUCGCAGCGACGACGAAGGUAUCGCAAUAGAAGAACCAGCCAAGUAA